GAAAAACACAAUACGCUUUGAGCAGCCUUAGGGCUUUAUCGUUUUCAUCGAAGUUAAAAAGUUUAAAAGUAUUUUAUGGAUAAUGUAGCUCAGGACUUUGACGUACUAUAGAUAAUCCCAAAACUCUGCGCUGUUACAUUAACUACGGACUUAUGUUUUUGUACUAUUUAUUUUACUAGUGGAUUUAAAGAAGAGAAGAAAAGACACCAUUGUUCGAACUGGAUUCUCUAACGUAAGUUUUGAAGGCAGCAUGCUAACAAGCUAAUCUUUAGCCGAACGUGAGUCUAAACUUAGGGGCUGAAUACACACACUGCUGGAGGUUGUUGUUGCACAGGAUGAGAGGGUUAAACUAUUGACAGCAGUAUCAUUCAUUAAAAUGCUGUGUUUAAUUUACGGUAUUGCAUUAUCCUGUACAAAGCAGUGUGGUGCAGAUAUUUCUAAAUGGAGAUUUUAAGGAUAGAAAUCGAUCAUACUCGAUGGCUCGGAAAUCAUAUGAUCGCAUGUUUUACGAUUUGUUGAUGCUUAUUUAAAAUAUUUACAAAAACACAAAUGCACCUUGAAUUAUAGUUUAUAAAAUACUUUCUUCUCAAUAUAGAAAGUCUCGUAGUUCAUGUCAGUAACUUUAUGUGUGUGAUUAUGGCCACCCUCAUACAGAUGUCGUCCUACUUUCACUUAAACCAUAGGUUUUAACGAGCCUUUUAUAUCUUCUUACUUACACAUGUAUUUUAACAGCAUGAACUGUAAAAGUUGGAGUGGAUGUACAUGACUGCAUUACAAUGUGUUCCUGUAUUUGCUUUCCUUCGUGUUUGUUACUAAAGUGGACAAAAUUUAAGGGACACCAUUCACUAUGCCAAUAAUAAAUAAGAUACAAAGUCCAAUAAUCACCUGUCAAAUCGAGCCAAAAGAAAAUCUGAUGCAAUGCCUUCCUGAAAUUAGAGUUUUAUGAUAGAUCUGCUGUGUAGAGUUGCAUUAAAUGGCCCUGGUGUUCAUAAUAUUUUGGCUUGUCAUUGUAUGUGUCCCUUGAUAAAUUAUAUUUCAGAAAAAUGUCCCUCUGCAAUAGGCCUUCAAAUACUAGGCUCCAUUUUUGCCUAGUUAUAGUAAGGUGUUAAUUCACAACAGAUGUUAUAUUGUCUAUUUGAAGUACUGUACUUUUCUGCACUGUGAAGUGAAGUUUCUAUACAAUGGAUAUAGCAUGUUCAUUAUGUAAACCUAUGUAGAUUUACUCAUCAAACUGGCUGCUUGAUGUGUAUAAAUCAUCUGUUUUUCUCAGUGUACUGAGUGUAAUAUAGUGUCAAAUCUUUAAAACAGUGUGUCUAUAGAUAUGUAGGGAUGGGAAUCGGGAAUCGGUUCUUGUUGAGAACUGGUUCCAAAUAGUUCAAUCCAUCUACAUCAUUUACAUUUUAUCUGAACGAUUUAUCUUAACGAACGGGAACAGAAACAGAGGAAAAAAACUGAGUUACACUGAGUUAGACGUUUAACGGAGUAAGAAGUGCAUAAAAAACACUCGACCCGACCAAAAAAAUCCCAAAGGUUUCGCACACAAGUCCGCCCUGCGCAGUAGUGUCCACUCUUUGGGGAUUCAGAAUAUGGUCACGCUAACGCGUGUCCUGUGUGAACAUUAACACAAUGUAUGCCAGAAAUGCUGCAAAAACACAUUUUUGUUUGAUUAUUUUUAGACUCUCACUGAAGGUGGCGUACAUCUUUUUCUGUUAUGAGAGACUCAAUAAAAUUUUGAGUUAACGGUGAAAACCUAUAGUGUACUUUUUUUUAAAUCAAAGAGAGGCAUUGAUAUCGUUAAAGAAUUAAAUCGAUUAGAAGAAUUGAUAAUGGCAUCGAUAUCAAUAAAAUCUUAUCAAUUCCCAUCCCUAUAUAUGUGGUAAGCAAAGUAGACAGAUGAACUGAAAAAACCUCAAUAUUCACUGGCAUGGUGUUUUUCCCCUCAGGCUUUCAAGAUAUCCUAUUCCUGUGAGGAAGAGUUAUCGGUGAGUAACUCACUACUCAUGUAGUUGUGUCAGUCUUGUGUUUUGGAGCAGACCUAUGCUGGCUCAUGCUGUAAUAGCGAGUUGUGUUUCCAGAAUUAGAUUUUGCUCUCAGUAGUAGUACUUAUUUCAGGGCAUCAAUGGGCUUUAAGUACAAAGAAAACAAAUCAACUCUUGUGUGUUUAAGAUGAAAUCAUGUCCUGUUUGGGACUCAAAGAGUCACUGACUGCCUGCAGUGACUCUGUUAUUAUGAAACAACUUCUUGUUUCCUGCGAUGCAUCUUUAGUCAUGAAUCAUUUCUUCCUGCUCGACUCUUGAUCAUUGCUCACUGUAGCUUUGUGAGCGCAGACAGACAGUUUCUCUUAAACACACCCUGUUGGCAUAUAAUGGUGGAAAAGGCUGCACCAAUGCUGGCACGCAUAAAUGAGUGAUUAUAAUAAUCUGCAGAAACAUGCACUGCACGGAUUCCCAAAGCUCUGGCCUUUGAUUUGUGUUUGAGCUGCUCACAUUCAGGCAGCUGCAGGGAGAUUAGGGUGAGGAGAGAAGAUUUUAAUACACUUGUACCUUUGUUUAUUUCUUGGACAUAAUGAUUAAUGCUUUAGUAGAAUAAAUUAGAGGAACAUGCACAUAGAAAGGCAAAGAUGGCAAGUCAUAUCUUUUAAAACUAACAAUUCCUUUAAGUGUGUUUUCAGAAAACAAACUUAACUAUGAAUAUUCUCCUAAUUUGGGAUGUAUCUAACAUGAUGACUUUUUUUAUUAUGACAUGACAGUUUGUCUUCUCUGCUUUUAUUCUGUAAAGAAAGUAAAAUAUAAGCUGUUACAACCAUCUGAUAUGCUUACUUAAAGUAUAUGGUUAAUAACUAUGUCUUUGUUAUUCCAUAAUACUUAAAUGAAGAAUUAACCCAGUUUGCUUCAAACUGCUGAGCCUCAUUUCCAGUUUUUCACAUGUGUCUGUGAGAAGGGGCUGCUGGUUAAACUUGGGGGAUGAAUGGGUGUGGUGAGAGUGAUCUCAUGGAGAAAUGAGCUCAUGGUUGGCUCUGGUCUUUAUUUGGUCCUGUGACUGUCUAUCUUAUCCAUAUAGCUUGCUUAUCACUCUUUUUUCCGUUUGCUAAGGUUGCAAACUCUCAGCAUAUUCCUCUGUUUUGCUGUGUUCUCAUGUCUCUUGUAACUUGUGCAACAGGUUGCUGGUUGCAGUUCUUUUUUAGUGACUUCCUCUUUUCUUGGAGACUUUUCCUACCAUCUCUGAUCGAACAGCUCACACGCACACAAAUCGCUGAGUCUGUGUUUAAGAUGGACAGCAUGCCUGUGCUGACCCCAUCCAUUCCUGCUCUCUCUCUCUCUCUUUCUCUCUCUCGCCCUGCCUGCCCUGCUUGUGCACGCUGCUGUUUGGUUGGCGUUGCCCUGGCAACAUGUGGCCAGAAUGAGGCUUCACAUACAGCAUCUUGUGUUCUCUUCACAGAGGGCGGCUGACGAGAGCGAGGUCAUGUGAUGCAAAACAUACAGUAUACGAAAGCGGCCUUGUGGACUGAGGCUCAGGACUCUCCAGCUCAGUCUGACUCUCACAGGGCUACCUUCUUCUGUGAGACACACGUCAUCUCUUUGUUUAGUUUUGCCACCUCUGGACGAAAGACUUUUUUUUUUUUUUCUCGAUUUAAUUUUGGCUCUCGGUUUGAAACGCAACCAUUUUUUCUGGAUCCAGACUGGGGUUUUCCCUCAUAUUAUGCACAUCAAUGGAUACAAAUGGCUCAGUGGUUAGCACAGGAGCUGAGGAGCAGUCAUUUCAUGUCCGCUACAGGUAGGAAACUCUCCUCUCAACUCGGAUAACUUAGCUUCUUAGUUUUCUUUGUUAGUUUUUGAAUAGAAUAUAGUUGUAGGUUAAAAGCAGAAAGUCUGUACUGUUUUGUUGCUUUGAAUAUCUAAAGUUUAAGUGUGAUCUUAAUAGAUCCAGAAUGGAAUUACACAGUGUUACCAUUUUAAAGAGGUGAUGGAGUAUGUUGAAUAAUUGACUGGAAAUUGAAGCUGAAAUUGAGUUUUUGAGUAGGAGCUACUUUGAGUAUGAGGCUUAUUGUGGCUUUGUUGACUAAAGGGAGGUGAAUAUCUGGAACAAAAGAAUAAAAAAAAGACAUCAGCCAGCUGUCCAUAUAUAUACGGAGGUAAAAGAGCUCGGGCAGCAGGUGUGACCUGCCAAACAUGGAAAGCCCUGCUCCAUUUGGCUUCAAUAUUUAACAAGCCCUAAAAAAUUCAUCACUGCACACUUUGUUUUUCUGCACUUGUGCGUCCAACUUAUUCGGAUAGAGUCGGUGUCUGCUUUAGGAUGUCUCUUCUUCAAAAUGAACAUGACUGCACUGUCAGAGCGGUUAUCAUUAUCACUAAAUUUCAGUAGCCCUCACCCUGAAGUCUGCCUGUGUCUUAUACAUUUAACAAAGCUCCUUAGCACUCCCAGGUGCUGUAAUCUGUGAAGUACACACACUCUAUAAGCAUAAUCUUAAGUGACCAGGUCAGAACGGAGAGCUUGAAAAAAAAUCGGAUUAGUGCAGAAAACGCUGACAGAGCACUUUUCCUGCUUGUCUGGGAGGUUUACACUGUAAGAACAUUACUGGGGUCUCAUUGAAAGUUUGCAAACUGGUGUUAAUGACGUCAAAUGAGAAAAUGUUUGAAUAUCACAGUGUAUGGAUGUCAUUUGACCUGCCAGAUGUCUCUCACAUGGUCCACGUGCUGCUGUUGUUGUUCUGAGACACCAAAAGCAAGCAGGUAAUCGGGUAUUUGCUAUUGUGUGAGUUGGUGUUCUUAGCUCGGUAGUAAACAAAGAGUAGGCUUCCCUCAUUCAUCCCUGCUGAUUACAUGAGCUUUAUCCCGUAUUCAGAACACUAUGUUUGCUAUUGUUCACAAAUUACAGCCCUCUGGUAGGUUAAACGCUCUACUCUGUUCCGUGUUUUUGUGUCAUAUUUUUAGCUCUCUAUAGACUUUGUAAACAUUUCUUCUUCUCGUGAUGAAUUGUGGACCUGAGUGUGUUUUGUAUCAGUGUUUCUGGGUCAUUUUUAAACUCUCUGGCACUAACCUGAGCGGCUAAAGGAGGAAAUCUUGAGAUAAACCUACAGAAUGGACUUUGUGUGAAGCUGAUUUCUAUCCAACAAUACCGCUUCCUGUAAAACAAAAGUUGGCAAACUUGCACGUUUAUACUGAGGUGCGCUCGGUUUACAUACGCAGCCUAAUCUGGAGAUGAUCCAUCAGCAGAUAAACCACUGCUCAUUGUUUGACACUCCUUUCAUCUAGCUUUCAGGUGUCUGAUCCUAACCUUCCUUGUAACUGCACAGGGCUCAGCUCUGAACAGCUGUUUAUUUGUACAGUAAAUUUGAUGGUUUCUAAUUUUACUUUUAAAACCAACCUGCAAAUCUCAGUCUUUGGAGCACCUCUGAACAUGGAGACAAAAAUUAAAGCAGAUGUUUUAAAAUGCUUGUGUGGAUCUAAAAUCUACUCUGGGGCCCCCUCUCUGUGACUCGUUUAAGGCAGGACAAAAAACAUUUCAAAAAGUUUUUUCUUUCUCUACAGCAACUAAACAUUAUCCCAAAUAUUGGUAUACUAACAUAUACCCAGUCUUUCCUCUCUGUAUCUCACAGCAAAAAUAACCCCCUUCACUUUUUCUGAGGCAUGUCUAAAGGAUGUGACCAUAACAAACAACCCCCAGUUGGAGCCAUUGUUCUCAGUGGGAGGAAGGAAGCAGCUAAACAACAUUCCCAGUUGAAAGCCUUUGCUUAGAAAGAGGAUUUGGGUUUUGUUCCCUUGUUGUGAGUCGAGUCUGCUCAGUUGGCCGCAGAUUUCAGCCAGAGUAGAUCUACUUCUCCACAACAUUGGCGCUGCCCUUUGAGUUUUUCUUGGGAGUGUAAACAGCAGCUGGUUGAACACUUUCAGAUCUGUGUUUUUGUUUUCGCUGCAGGAUGGAGGUGUCUUGCCUGGAGCUGGCGUUGGAGGGUGAGAGGCUCUGUAAGGUUGGGGACUACAGGGCGGGGGUUUCCUUCUUUGAAGCUGCCAUCCAGGUGGGCACAGAGGACCUGCAGGUGCUCAGCGCCAUCUACAGCCAGCUGGGGAACGCCUACUUUCACCUGCAUGACUAUGCAAAGGCUUUGGAGUUCCACCGGCAUGACCUCACACUUACCAGGUCGGACACAGAGACCCCUAAAACAGAUCAUGAUUGUAUCAAAAUGUAAAACUAAUUCUUUGGUUUAUUUCUUAGGACAAUUGGUGACCUGCUCGGAGAGGCCAAAGCCAGUGGAAACCUUGGUAACACACUAAAGGUGCUGGGGAGGUUUGAUGAGGCUGUGGUUUGCUGCCAGAGGCACUUGGAUAUAGCAAGAGACAUUAACGACAAGGUGAGACGGAAAGGUGUGCAAACAGAUUGAUGAAUACAGUGAAAUGUAGUGGAGAGGGGAGUGUUAAUCUUUGCUACUUCUAUGUUUUUCCUGGAUAUCUGUCAGGUGGGUCAGGCACGAGCUCUGUACAACUUUGGAAACGUCUACCAUGCCAAAGGAAAAAGUAUCUGCUGGAGCGGAGCGGAGCCUGGAGACUUCCCCGAAGAGGUCAUGACAGCACUGAGGAAGGCAGCUGAGUACUAUGAGUAAGUGACUGUUCAGUGAGCUACUUGUUGACAUGUGAUGAAUUGUUAUCCUGUCUUUUGACAUGUGACUGUGUUGUGUAUUUUUAGGGCUAACCUGGCUCUGGUGAAAGAGCUCGGGGAUCGCGCCGCACAGGGCCGAACGUACGGCAACCUUGGCAACACACACUACUUGUUGGGAAACUUUCGCAAAGCUGUGGCUUCGCAUGAACAGGUGUGGUAUUACAAAUUGUAAUAUAUCGACACAAGUGAAGCUCCCAUAGUCUUAUAACUCAUCAAAUAUUUUCCUCUGUCUCUUUUUUAUGCAGCGUUUGCUUAUUGCCAAGGAGUUUGGUGACCGCUCAGCAGAGAGACGAGCUUACUGCAACCUGGGAAACGCCUAUAUUUUUUUAGGAGAGUUUGAAGUGGCAGCUGAGCAUUAUAAGUACGUCACAUUCAACAUUUUAAUCUUUUGAUAUCAUUUACUGUAUUAAAAAAUAUGACAGGGUGGAGACAGGAUUGACUGGGCAAAUACAUCUCUCUGUGUUUCUCCAUACUGCCCACAAGACCCAAAUAAAGGGUGUGGAGUGAGGCGAUUAUCUCCAGUGAAGGAUCGUUUUUGAGGGAGUUGCUCAAUCACUUCAGCUCAGAUUCACUUCCUCUUUUAUCAGCAUGUUAAUAACAAUAAAAUGCAAAAUAUCCUCCUUCACACAAACGUUGAUCCUAGGUGCUUCUUCUGAAAAUGUUAGCCUGUGGCAUUAAGAGAGGCCGGGCAAACUGAUAAAACAGCAGUUUGUCUUUGCAGUGUUUUGAUGAAGCACGUCCGCCUGUUUGUUUUUCAGGAGGACCCUGCAGCUGGCGAGGCAGCUGAAGGACCGAGCUGUGGAGGCUCAGGCCUGCUACAGUCUGGGCAACACCUACACACUCCUCCAGGAUUACGAGAGAGCCAUAGACUACCACCUGAAACACCUCAUCAUAGCCCAGGACCUUAAUGACAGGUAAACAAACACGUGAAGUGUUAGAGGGAAAAAAGUAUUUACACCAAUGUUUGCUGUACUUUAAACUAUUUUCCCCUCAUGUUUUGGCUGCAGGAUUGGAGAGGGCCGUGCAUGCUGGAGUCUUGGAAAUGCCCACACUGCACUGGGGAACCACGAUCAGGCCAUGCACUUUGCUGAGAAACACCUGGAGAUCUGCAAAGAGGUAUGUAAAGUAAAUGAUGGCAGUGCAGACACUGUUGUACGCUGUUUUAAUUUGAAAGCAAUAAAGAAAAAAAAAGAAUCAAUUAGUUGUAAAAUCAGUUUCCUUUUGUGUGUUUUGUUUUUCUAGACUGGGGACAGGAGCGGCGAGCUGACAGCUCGUAUGAAUGUAUCUGAUCUUCAGACAGUCCUGGGUCUGAGUUACAGCACAAAUAACUCCACGCUGUCUGAGAAUCAAGAGAUUGACUACAACCUGCAUGGUGUGUUGGUCAGAUUAUAGUUGAUGAGUUAAAAUCUACAAGUCUUGUUCUUAAAGUGUAGCUGGUCUAACUCUUUUUAAUGCGUUUAGGAGCGAGACCCAGGAUGAGCAGGAGACACAGCAUGGAGAAUCUGGAGCUGAUGAAACUCACUCCAGACAAAAUGAAUGUAAGAGGGUCUCUCAUGUCACACAAAGUGAAGAUUAUGAACCAUGUUGGCAAGAUCAGGCCACAGACAACUGAAUGUCAAUCUCUAUUCUCUCGUCUUUUAUUUUCUCUGGACUGUGAUAAAUAAUCUUUACUUCUGUGUGUGUUGAAGGGUCAGAAGUGGAACAGUGACAUCCUAACCAAACAGUCCAAACCCUCCAUGGCUAAGGCCUCCUCCAAACUCUUCUUCGUCAGCCGUCUGCGUGGGAAGAAAUACAAGACUAGUGGCUCCAGUAAAGUCCUCCAAGACACCAGCAACACCCUGGACAGCAGCCAGACCCCCACACAGGGACCUCAGAAGGUAUACAACAUACACACUUGCCAUGCCUUUUAUUUAGACUCUUACAGAUGUCAUAGUAGAACUAGAACUGAUGUUUCUCAUGCUCCUGUUUUUGUGCUUUGUUAGCGACUCAGUCCAGAGGUGCUUGGGGACGAGGGCUUCUUUGACCUUCUGAGCCGUUUCCAGAGCAACCGUAUGGAUGACCAACGCUGUUCAAUACAAGAUAAGGGCAGCAGGUUAUCUUUGAGUAGUGGUCCAGAGUCGCCUCCAAGAGCCAUCAGGAAAUGUAAGUCGGUGAAUUCACACUCAAAGUUACUCAAAAUAAACAUCUGUGGUAUAACUUGUUUUGACACUUACUUGAUUCUUUUUCUCUCUGUAGCUGUCUCAGAGUCUGCAAACGUCUCUGGAGCCCCUGGCCGGCGGUUAGAGGAGUCCUCAGCAGCUGGGGGGAGCCUGCCGGGUCUCAGGCUCAAUCAAAGCAGCAACCAGGCAGUGCUCAGUCACCUGAUGGCCAACGCUGACAAUGCUGAGCCUGACGAUGACUUCUUUGAUAUGCUUGUCAAGUGCCAGGUACCCCAUAACUCCAGACACCAUCAUGGAAAAGGCCAAUGGUUGCAGGACCCGUACUAAACUUAUGUCCUUUCUCUCCCUCCACCAGGGGUCCCGUCUGGACGACCAACGCUGCGCCCCUCCUCCUCCUCCAGUGCGAGGACCGACAGUUCCAGAUGAGGACUUCUUCAGCCUCAUCAUGCGCUCUCAGGCCAAACGGAUGGACGAGCAGCGUGUCACCCUACCUUCAGCAUCAAACACUACAGCAAGGCCCGACCCCAACUGAGUGUAGCACUAUAGAGAGAGACUGGUGGUUUUUUAACCUCAUGAAGGUGUGGACAGCAGAGAUGACCUGUGGGUGAUCAUGUAGAGGAAAGCCUUGUGUCUCUUUGCCUUUGUCGUUCUGGACAAAAAAAAAGCACUGUCAGCAUUGUAUGUAGUAAACAGUAUGGAAAAAAAAUCUCAAUUUAUUCAAGGACUUGUUUCGCACAACUUGCACAACAACAAACUCUCAGUAGUUUCAGGGACGUAAGUGUUUUUAAAGCUCAUGUUUGUCAGAAGUCCUCAUCCCGCUAACUGCAUUUCAUGUUUUGUGUAUUUUUCAAUGCACAACUGCCGUCAUGUUUGUAUUUAUUGUACUUUUUAUGAUUGUUUUGAUUGAUCUGUCAACUGCCAUCCAACCACUGAAUGUGGUUGUGCUUCUGUGGUGUUAGAGUCUGUGGGGACACACAGGAAAAGUACUGGGUCCAUGUAUUUUGUUCAUAUGUGAGGGUCUUUUUUGUAUUUUAGAGGCACUAUGCCCGGGAAAGGGAAGAGGUAUUUUAAGCAAAGUGUUUGAUAAAAGAAUGAAUUUAACCCGUGUACAGCUCAUACACUAUUUUGUACAAAGCUCUUUGAUGAGGAAUAAAGCCUCAUUUGUAAAAGUG